GCUCUGAUCACAUCCGAACAAUCAAACAUAACUGACGUAGGCUAUACUUCAUCGUCUUUCACCUCUCAAAUGAUUUAAGAGAUUUUUCAUAAUCUCUCUGAUUUCUAUCAUUCGUUUUAUUAUCCUUAUAAUCUCGUCAUAUUUUGCGUUCAUGACAUGGUCGGAUAUUUGACAUUUUAGUUUGAUAUUCAAAACAGGCGGCUGUUUAGCGGUUAGACAAGUACGUAGAUUUACUCACCUAUGUCAAAUCGGUAUUGUUUUGACUCCCGGGAGAUUCAUAUGAGCGCUCCGCCAGUGAUCCGACCGCCAAGUCCCCUGUCCCCGGGGUCCAAUGGCAUAUCUUUCCAGAUACAGAUCGGGUUGAGCCGCGAGCCUGUUCUUUUGGACUCUGUCGACUUCAGCCUCGCUCAGGUCCGGGAGAUGGCAUGCUCCAUCGUGGACCAGAAGUUACCCGAGUGUGGCUUCUAUGGGAUGUAUGACAAGAUCCUGCUGUUCCGCCACGACCCAGGCUCAGAGAACAUCCUCCAGUUGGUGAAAUGUGCUACAGACAUCACAGAGGGAGACCUGGUUGAGGUGGUCCUGUCAGCCUCUGCCACAGUGGAGGACUUCCAGAUCCGUCCCCAUGGCUUGUUUGUCCACUCCUACCGGUCCCCUGCCUUCUGUGACCACUGUGGAGAGAUGCUGUGGGGCCUGGUGAGACAGGGUCUUAAGUGUGAAGGUUGUGGUCUGAACUAUCACAAGCGCUGUGCCUUUAAAAUCCCAAAUAACUGCAGUGGUAUCCGCAAGCGGAGGUUGUCCAAUGUCUCUCUGACCGGCUUGACCACACUGACCACCACACGGUCCAAUGAACCUUCGCCUUUCACCUCCGACGAGGCCUUACUGUCUCCUGUCAGUCCCGGCAUGGAGCAGAAGACACAGACAGACUUCUUUUCUGGCAGAGAGAGAAGGUCCUCUUCCUACAUCGGCCGGCCUAUAGAGUUAGACAAAAUCCUCCUGUCCAAAGUUAAGGUCCCUCACACCCUCGUCAUCCACUCCUACACACGCCCCACCGUCUGCCAGCACUGCAAGAAGCUACUCAAGGGCCUGUUCCGUCAGGGCCUGCAAUGCAAAGAUUGCAAAUUCAACUGUCAUAAACGAUGUGCGCCCAAAGUGCCAAACAACUGCCUUGGAGAAGUGUCUAAAACUGAAGAUCUGCUGAGCUCAGGGGCGGAGUCUGAUGUGGGGAUUGGGGAGGGUUGUGACGACCACGACAGUGACAUGAACAGUGGUCUGAUGGAUGACAUGGAGGAGGCCAUAGUGCCUGACUCGGGCCUGUUGGAGGCUUGCCAUGGGGAAUUGGGAGACCUCCAUGACCCAGAGGAUGACUGCAACAGGGCUAUAAGCCCAUCUACUAGCAACAACAUCCCACUUAUGCGAGUGGUCCAGUCAGUCAAAAACACCAAGAGGAAAAGUAGCAAUAUCAUGAAGGAAGGUUGGCUAGUGCACUUCAGCAGCAAAGACACUCUGAGGAAAAGACACUACUGGAGGCUGGACAGCAAAUGCAUCACCCUUUUCCAGAAUGACACAGGCAGCAAAUACUACAAGGAAAUUCCGUUGUCAGAGGUGUUGUCUCUGGACCCAGCGAAGACCUUCAACCUGCUGUCUGAGGGCUCAAACGCCCACUGCUUUGAGAUCGCCACGGGCAGCCUGGUCUACUACGUAGGGGAGAACCUGGCGAGGCCGGAGGGCCCGGGGAGCAUGUCGGCCCACAGCAGUAUGCUGGUCAGCGGGGUCGGGCCGGAUGUGGCCAGGAUGUGGGAGAUGGCCAUCCAGCAUGCCCUCAUGCCGGCCAUCUCUAAAGGACUGUCACACGGGUCACGUCACAGUGGCCACAAGGAUGUUUCAAUCAGUAUUUCAGUGUCCAACUGCCAGAUUCAAGAGAAUGUGGAUAUCAGCUCAGUGUAUCAGAUAUUCCCGGAUGAAGUCCUUGGAUCGGGCCAAUUUGGGAUUGUUUAUGGAGGAAAGCACCGAAAAACUGGCCGGGAUGUAGCAAUUAAGAUCAUUGACAAGUUACGCUUCCCCACCAAGCAGGAGAGCCAGCUACGCAAUGAGGUCGCCAUCCUUCAGAACCUGCACCACCCUGGGGUAGUGAACCUGGAGUGCAUGUUUGAGACGCCGGAGCGCGUCUUCGUUGUCAUGGAGAAGCUCCACGGAGACAUGCUGGAGAUGAUCCUGUCCAGUGAGAAGGGGAGGCUGCCUGAACGCAUCACCAAGUUCUUCGUCUCACAGAUUCUUCAGGCUCUUCGUCAUCUCCACUUCAAGAAUAUCGUCCACUGUGACCUCAAACCAGAAAACGUUUUACUGGCGUCCGCAGACGCUUUUCCACAAGUGAAGUUGUGCGACUUUGGCUUUGCCCGCAUCAUUGGAGAGAAGUCUUUCCGCCGGUCAGUGGUGGGCACUCCGGCCUACCUGGCCCCUGAGGUCCUGAGGAAUAAAGGCUACAACCGCUCCCUGGACAUGUGGUCUGUGGGGGUCAUCAUCUACGUCAGCCUCAGCGGCACCUUCCCCUUCAACGAGGACGAGGACAUUCACGACCAGAUCCAGAAUGCUGCCUUCAUGUACCCGCCCAACCCCUGGAAGAAGGUGUCCCAGGAAGCAAUUGACCUCAUUAAUAACUUGCUGCAAGUCAAGAUGAGGAAGCGCUACAGCGUGGACAAGUCGCUCAGCCAUGCCUGGCUACAGGACUACCAAAUGUGGCUGGACCUACGUGGCCUAGAAUGGAAGAUGCACGAGCGCUACGUCACGCAUGAGAGCGAUGACACCCGCUGGGAACGCCACGCUGAGCAGCACGGCCUGACGUACCCCGCCCACCUCGUCAACCCACACGCCGACGUUAGCGAGGGGGUAGAGCCUGACCACGAGUCAGAGGAGGUGGACUCCAUGGCGGCCCUCAGCGACAGAGUCAGCGUGAUGUGAAUACUGUAAAUGCAGGGAUACUGUCCCCUUAAGAGUCAACGUGCUGUAGUACUGAACACUGCUGCCUCUGCCCCCUUAAGAGCCGUCUCACUCCCUCCACAACACAACUAACUGACUGACUGACUGACUGACUGAGCCCUCCAUUCCCAGCCAGCAGCUAGGGGCUCAAUAUCCAAACUCUGCCUUUAAACUAACUGCCUAACUAACAAAUAAUCCAAUUUCUAAUUGUCUGUAUAUGAGUCAAUCAGGUGUAUUGCCUCCCUGCCUCAUGAAAGACAAUCUAACUUCUUAUACUGUAAAACUCUGGGUGUGAAGGAUCAUCCAGGUGUACUGUAUGUUAAGUCAACAGCAGCAAACAAUCACCCCCAAAAAGCCAGCUAAACGAUUUAGUCAAAACCAAAAUGAGAUGUGUUUCACUGUGAUUGGGUGCGACCCAACGAGACAGCUCAGGACUAACCUUAGCGGUAUUAAGAGUGAGAACUGAUACUAUUAUUACUCAAGUUUUAUCUCACUCUUGAAUGUACCUUUAUAUGAUGACAUGAUAAGAAUUCACAGAAAACCAGUAUAGCCAGAAAUGGUGGAAAGACAAAGACAGAGAGGGAGAUAGAGAGCGGACGCUGUCGGCUUCAAGAGUGUGGAGGCAAAAUCCUGAGGCCUGGAUACAGAGAAACAGUGAAUGUAGAAUACCUGUAAGCAUUUGUUCUCAUCAUGAGCUAGCUGCUUUUCUAGUCUAUAGUGUUGAAAUGUGUUCAUGAUGUGAUGCUGAAUGUUGCGUAUGUGGCUACUGUACAGUAUGUGUGUGCUCUUUGCGCGAUUGCAACCAGCCUUUAAUGCAUUUUUGCCUACAGGGAAUACAUUAUUUUCUCUGGCUACACAUUUAAAUAAAUAUAUUUCAAAGCUGA